CGCAUCGCGGAUAUGGUCAACCAGAUUGCUCAGUAUAAGGUGUACUCGACAAUAGAUCUGAAAUCCGCUUAUCACCAGCUCCCCAUCUGCCCAGAGGACCGCCCCUACACCGCCUUCGAGGCGGGCGGCCGGCUCUAUCACUUCCUGCGCGUCCCUUUCGGUGUCACGAAUGGUGUCUCUGUCUUCCAGAGGGAAAUGGACCGGAUGGUGGACCAGUACCAACUGCAGGCCACAUUUCCCUAUCUGGAUAACAUCACCAUCUGUGGUCAUGACAGGCCAGAUCACGACGCCAACCUCCAACGGUUUCUCCAAGUGGCCGCAGCUCUGAACCUUACUUAUAACAGGGACAAGUGUGUUUUUGGUACCACCCGCCUUGCUAUACUUGGGUAUGACGUGGAAAACGGGGUUAUUGGGCCUGAUCCCGAACGUAUGCGCCCCCUGUUAGAGCUCCCUCUUCCCACCACUCUCAAGGCCCUCAGACGGUGCCUGGGGUUUUUUUCCUAUUACGCCCAAUGGGUCCCCCAUUACGCAGACAAGGCUCGCCCCCUGGUCAAGUCUACCUCGUUUCCCCUCUCUGCUGAGGCCUGCGCGGCCUUCAACUGCAUUAAAGCGGACAUUGCCAAAGCUACGAUGCAUGCAGUGGACGAGACCGCUCCCUUCCAAGUGGAGUGUGAUGCCUCCGAUUUUGCUCUGGCUGCUACCCUUAAUCAGGAAGGCAGACCAGUAGCAUUCUUUUCUCGCACCCUCCACGGCUCUGAAAUUCGGCACUCCGCGGUGGAGAAAGAAGCCCAGGCCAUAGUGGAGGCUGUUAGGCACUGGAGGCACUAUCUUGCUGGCAAAAGAUUCACUGUGCUGACCGACCAGCGCUCGGUUGCGUUCCUGUUCAGCAACCAACAGCGGGGCAAGAUCAAAAAUGAUAAGAUUUUGCGGUGGAGGAUAGAACUCUCCACCUACACCUAUGAUAUCCUGUACCGGCCUGGCAGACUCAAUGAGCCCCCUGAUGCCCUAUCCCGGGGAACAUGUGCUAGCACACAGCUCGACCAGCUGUACGCCCUUCAUGCACAACUUUGCCAUCCGGGGGUCACCCGAUUUUACCAUUUUGUGAAAGCUCGGAACCUGCCGUACUCCCUGGAGGACAUCAGGACGAUGACCAGGGACUGCCAAAUUUGUGCCGAGUGCAAACCGCACUUCUACUGUCCUGACACGGCACAACUUGUCAAGGCCACCCGCCCUUUUGAACGCCUGAGUGUUGACUUUAAGGGCCCCCUUCCCUCCACUGACCGCAAUGUCUAUUUUCUCAGUGUUAUUGACGAGUUCUCACGGUUCCCCUUUGCCAUCCCCUGCCCCGACACCACUGCCACGUCCGUCAUAAAAGCCCUGCGCCAGCUCUUCACUCUGUUCGGGUAUCCCUGCUAUAUCCACAGUGAUAGAGGGUCCUCCUUUAUGAGUGAGGAGCUGCGCCAGUACUUGCUAGCUAGGGGCAUUGCUACCAGUCGGACCACGAGUUAUAAUCCCCGGGGUAAUGGCCAGGUAGAGCGGGAGAAUGCCACAGUGUGGAAGGCCACACUUUUAGCCCUUAAGUCCAAAGGGUUGCCGGUCUCUCGAUGGCAGGAGGUCCUCCCUGAGGCACUGCACUCUAUCCGCUCUCUGUUAUGUACGUCCACCAAUGCCACCCCUCACGAACGCCUAUUCUCUUUUCCCAGGAAGUCUGUCACUGGGACCACCCUACCAGUUUGGCUGACGUCCCCGGGGCCAGUGCUGCUCCGGAAACAUGUGAGGAGCAAUAAAUACUCCCCGCUGGUGGAGAGGGUUCACCUUCUCCAUGCGAACCCCCAGUAUGCUUACGUGGUCUUACCUGAUGGGCGGGAGGACACGGUCUCCAUCCGCGACCUGGCACCCGCAGGUGCAGCAGACCACUACCCUGAAGGCUCUCCGGUAACUGUGAACCCUGCACCAGAGGUGACACCGUACUCACCAGGCCCUACACAGACUCCUCACGACACUUGUAUACCGGGCGUUUCGUACGCAUUUAUACCAGGCGCCUCGCACAUGCAUGAGGGAUCACCGGCGCCUAGUGGGCAAGAACACGCGCAACCCCCGUCCCCUGUGCAAUCGCCAAUGUUGCCGGCACCUAUGCGAAAUCGCAGACUUUCUCACGUCUUUCGCCACGUCUUCCGCCUCCAAGGAAUCCCCACGGGCACUGUCUCCGAUCGGGGCCCGAUCAAGACUCCCCCACCUGCCCGUAUGAUCGGCAACCACCUGGCAUACACCGUCGGACGACUAUUGGAUUUGCGCCGUCAGGAUAGUGGUUUCCAGUACCUGGUAGACUGGGAAAGGACUUUCAUCGGGACCAGCCAGACCAGCCUGGAGGAUCGCCUGGAGACUCCCGUUGAAGGGGGCGGGGCUAUUGGCAUUGUCCCGUCUGGCAAUUCCCCAUCUUGCUAUUACCUUGCAAUCCUUCUGGUGUGCACAGUGCCCAGGGCAAUGGUCCAAGGGGAUGAGAAGGGAUAUCCUCCAUACGUAGACUGCGCCCCUGUGCCAUCACAAUGA